AUGGAAGCCAUGCCCUGCCCAACCAUAGCCGCCGAAGCCCACCGCAUCCUCACAACCCACGUCCAAGUAAACCCCUCGACCUCCCCCAUCAAUCGCAGCUCGCCUAGCCACAGUUACAUUCACCCCGGACGACGUGACACUCUCCGAGUCAUCAGCAGCCCUGGGGCGCGGCUGGGCAAGAUGUACCCGUCGUCUGCGUUGAUCGCCAAAUUCGAUGGAACAGGGCAUUUGGGACGCAGAGGCGACGGAGCGAGUGCUCUGUCUGGAUCUGGGGAAGAUCCGGGAGCCGGAUCGGCGUCUUACGUCGCAUAG